AUAUAUAGUUACAAGGUUUUGGUUGAGACGUUGACAUAGCCUCUCAAACAUUUCAACUUUUCAUUGUCUUCUUUGCUUCCAAGACAUUAUCCAUGGCUUGUAAGGAAAAUGUUUGUAACGAUUAUAUGGUGCUGAAGCCCAUGGAUGCGGGAUUCGUGGAGCUCAUUCGUCUGUUAAUCUCAUCUAAAUUGGAGGAAAGAAGUUUCAUUGAGUGCUCGGAAGAAGAAGGGAGGGAGCCAAGAAACUUUGGUCGUAGAUGGCUAAUAUUCGUUUCUGUUGUAGUGCAAAAGGUCCUCCUUUAUGUGAGAGACCCCAUGGCUCAGCUGGGACAUAUGCUUGUGUUGUGGCUCAAUCUUGUAUCAGCCAACGGCGGCCAUCUCAUGCUCUUCAUAAAACGUUUAAAAGGAGAGGAGGUGCAGCCAGAUCCAUUAUCGUUGGUAUCGGUGGUGGGAAAUCUUGACAGCCGAGUGGAAUUAGAUGACAAAGUUAAAGCUGGUAACAAAAAGUACGAAGCCACGCUGUGUAUUAUGGCCUCUAAAUUGUCAUACGAGAAUCAAACUUUCAUUGAGAACGUAGUCCAGAAUCAUUGGAAGAUGCAAUUCUUGGGGUUCUACAACUUCUGGAACGGUUACUUGGACGAACCUUCAACACGAGCUUUCAUAUUCCAGGACAAAAAGAUUGACCCUGAACUGAUAGUGGUAGCAUUUAGAGGCACAGACCCGUUUGACGCAGAUGCAUGGAGGACAGACUUUGAUAUAUCAUGGUACAAGCUCAAAAACGUUGGAAAGAUGCAUGGUGGUUUUGUAAAAGCUCUCGGCCUACAGAGAAACAAUUCUUGGCCUUCUGAAAUACAACAACAACAAGACAGUGACCAAAAACGGUUCGCUUACUAUGAAAUCAGAAAAUUGCUUAAAGAUAUACUACAAGAGAACAAGAGUGCAAAGUUCAUAGUAACGGGCCACAGCUUGGGUGGCGCAUUGGCGAUAUUGUUUGUCGCGGGGCUAGCAAUACAUGAGGAGGCAUGGUUGAUGGAGAAAUUGGAAGCUGUUUACACGUUUGGACAACCAAGGGUAGGAGACAAGCAGUUUGGAGAAUUCAUGAAUGAGAAGCUUGAAAAGUUCGGUGUUAGGUAUAUGAGGUUCGUUUACUGCAAUGACAUGGUGCCUAGGGUGCCUUUUGAUGACAAAACUCUCUUUUUUAAGCACUUUGGACCCUGCCUCUACUACAAUAGCUUCUACCAAGGGAAGGUCGUUUCCGAGGAACCAAACAAGAACUAUUUCUCUUUGUUAUGGUUCAUACCGAAGUGUCUAAACGCUGUUUGGGAGUUGAUCAGGAGUUUCAUAAUCCCUUGUAUAAAGGGGCCGGAAUAUAAGGAAAGCUGGUUUAUGAGAGUGUUUAGGGUGGUUGGAUUAGUAAUUCCAGGGAUUACAGCUCAUCUUCCUCCAGAUUAUGUCAAUGUUACUCGAUUGGGAUCCUUACCUUCAUUCACGGGGGUUCAUGACCCAAUCCAACGAGAAGAUUAUAAAGCUGACUGACACAUAGCUUUUCUUAGCAAAAAAUGCAAACUUUGUAGAUUAAUCCUAAAACACCCCUGUAGUGAUGAUCUCAUUACUUUUCGUCUUAAUAACUAAUGAAGCUCAAUCACAUGAUGAUA